AAAAAGUGAAACUCCACCCUCCACCUCUGCCUCCCGCCCCCGGGGCCAAAGUACAAAGGGAGGAGGAAGAAGGGAACGGGGUUGGAGCCGUCGGGUGAAAGAGUCUGGCCAGGAAGAGGCAGUUCGGCCCAAGCAGGGACGCUCCAGCCACCCCCUGCACAAAAAGAUCAACCCGAGCCGAGCCCAGGCGCUGCCCCGCGGCCGCCCAGCGCACACCGGCCGGUGCCGAAGCCAAGCUCCCAGGACUGCGGCACAGACGCCCGGGCCCUCGGAGCCGGCCAUGGUGAGAUGCCGGAGGCCCCGGGGUCCCACCCCUCAAGCCUGACCACACCGCCCCUGGUUGCCCGCCUCUAGAAACCGGAGAUGUGGGGGGCCGGGAGGCGACACUCCUGGCUCCCCAGAGAGGCGUGGGUCUGGGGCUGAGGGCGAGGGCCCGAAUGCCCAGGUUCCGGGACUAGUGCCUCUGCAGCCACCAGGGGCAGGGACCAGGGGCACCCCAAAAAGGUCCCCCCACGUCCCAACGCCAGCUCCCAGCCAUGGAGCCCUUGAAGAACCUCUUCCUCAAGAGCCCACUGGGGUCAUGGAACGGCGGGGGCAAUGGGGGGAGCAGCGGAGGCCGGCCAGAGGGACCCCCGAAGGCAGCAGCUUAUGCCAAUCCAGUGUGGACAGCCCUGUUCGACUACGAGCCUAAUGGGCAGGACGAGCUGGCCCUGCGGAAGGGCGACCGUGUGGAGGUGCUGUCCCGGGAUGCGGCUAUCUCAGGCGAUGAGGGCUGGUGGGCAGGCCAGGUGGGCGGCCAAGUGGGCAUCUUUCCAUCCAACUAUGUGUCUCGGGGUGGCCCGCCCCCCUGCGAAGUGGCCAGCUUCCAGGAGCUGCGGCUGGAGGAGGUGAUCGGCAUCGGCGGCUUUGGCAAGGUAUACCGCGGCAGCUGGCGAGGCGAGCUGGUGGCCGUGAAGGCCGCUCGCCAGGACCCCGACGAGGACAUCAGUGUGACAGCAGAGAGUGUGCGCCAGGAGGCCCGGCUUUUCGCCAUGCUGGCCCACCCCAACAUCAUCGCCCUCAAGGCCGUGUGCCUGGAGGAGCCCAAUCUGUGCCUGGUGAUGGAGUACGCAGCAGGUGGGCCCCUCAGCCGGGCCCUGGCUGGGCGUCGUGUGCCCCCCCACGUGCUGGUCAACUGGGCUGUGCAGAUUGCCCGAGGGAUGCACUACCUGCACUGCGAGGCCCUGGUGCCCGUCAUCCACCGAGACCUCAAGUCCAACAACAUUCUGCUGCUGCAGCCCAUCGAGGGGGAUGACAUGGAGCACAAGACCCUGAAGAUCACUGACUUUGGCCUGGCCCGAGAGUGGCACAAAACCACACAAAUGAGCGCUGCGGGCACCUAUGCCUGGAUGGCCCCCGAGGUUAUCAAGGCCUCCACCUUCUCCAAGGGCAGCGACGUCUGGAGCUUUGGGGUGCUGCUGUGGGAACUGCUGACUGGGGAGGUGCCCUACCGUGGCAUCGACUGUCUUGCUGUGGCCUAUGGAGUGGCCGUAAACAAGCUCACACUGCCCAUCCCGUCCACCUGCCCGGAGCCAUUCGUACAGCUCAUGGCGGACUGCUGGGCACAGGACCCCCACCGCAGGCCGGACUUUGCCACCAUCCUGCAGCAGCUGGAGGCACUGGAAGAGCAGGUCCUGCGAGAAAUGCCUCGGGACUCCUUCCACUCCAUGCAGGAAGGCUGGAAGCGCGAGAUCCAGGGCCUCUUCGAUGAGCUGCGGGCCAAGGAAAAGGAACUACUGAGCCGCGAAGAGGAGCUGACCCGCGCGGCGCGAGAGCAGCGGUCACAGGCGGAGCAGCUCCGGCGGCGCGAGCACCUGCUGGCGCAGUGGGAGCUGGAGGUGUUCGAGCGCGAGCUGACGCUGCUGCUGCAGCAGGUGGACCGCGAGCGGCCGCACGUGCGCCGCCGCCGCGGCACCUUCAAGCGCAGCAAGCUCCGCGCGCGCGACGGCGGCGAGCGCAUCAGCAUGCCCCUGGACUUCAAACACCGCAUCACCGUGCAGGCCUCACCUGGCCUGGAUCGAAGAAGAAAUGUCUUCGAGGUCGGGGCUGGGGACUCACCCACUUUCCCCCGAUUUCGGGCUAUCCAGUUGGAACCUGCAGAACCAGGUCAGACCUGGGGACGCCAGUCCCCCCGGCGUCUAGAAGACUCAAGCAAUGGAGAGCGACGAGCAUGCUGGGCCUGGGGUCCCAGUUCUCCCAAGCCUGGGGAAGCCCAAAAUGGGAGGAGAAGGUCCCGCAUGGAAGAAGCCACGUGGUACCUGGAUUCAGAUGACUCAUCUCCCCUAGGGUCUCCUUCCACACCCCCAACUCUCAAUGGCAACCCCCCGCGGCCAAGCCCUGAGCCAGAAGAGCCCCGGCGGCCAGGCCCCACGGAGCGCGGCAGCGGCUCGGGGACGCCCAAGCUGAUCCAGCGCGCACUGCUGCGCGGCACCGCCCUGCUCGCCUCGCUGGGCCUUGGCCGGGACCUGCAGUCCCCCGGGGGGCCCAGCCGCGAGCGUGGGGAGCCCCCGCCGGCAGCCCCCACGCCGCCGCCCACGCCUUCCCCUGCAGAGUCACCCCCAUCCCCGCUCAUCCGCUUCUCGCCCAAGAGGCCAGAGGCCCCCGCCUCCCCUCUGAGCCCCGACGCUCCCCGCCCUCACACCCCCGCGCCCCUGCUGCUGGAGCUGGGUGUCCCCACUGGCCAGCCGUCAGCCAAGAGCCCCCGACGCGAAGAGGAGGGACGCGGAAGCACUGUCUCGCCCCCACCUGGGAUCUCCCGCUCCGCUCCGGGCACCCCCGGCACCCCACGCUCACCACCCCUGGGCCUCAUCAGCCGUCCUCGGCCCUCCCCGCUCCGCAGCCGCAUCGACCCCUGGAGCUUCGUGUCCACUGGGCCACGGCCUUCACCCCUGCCCUCUCCACAGCCUGUGCCCCGACGGGCACCCUGGACCUUGUUCCCAGACUCGGACCCCUUCUGGGACUCCCCACCAGCCAACCCCUUCCGGGGAGGACCUCAGGACUGCAGGGCGCAGACCAAAGACGUGGGUGCGCAGGCCCCGUGGACACCAGAGGCAGGGCCCUGAGCGGGCCGUCGGCCGCCUCGCGCCCGCGCCUGAGGAGCCGCAUACACUGGAACGGCGCCGUGAGCCCGGGUGCCCCCAGGGCGCCGCCCCGCGCGGGGCCAGGAACACUACACUGCACAGGAAGCCUUCACACUGGAUGGGGCUGCACCCCCACACACCUGCAACCUGUGGGUCCCUGACUCUCCUGCCCGUGGGCCCAACACUGUACCCAGCUGUGGGCGGACCAGAGCCUGUCUCAGGGAAUCGCACCCACGUGGUGCGGGGGAGGGCGGUGCCGGGCCGAGGGGCCAGCCUCAGCUGUCACCAGCACUUUGGACCGAGGCCCAUGACUGGGCCCCACCCCGGGGUCCUGGGGGCCAGGGGCUCUCUGGGUGCCUUCCUGAAGCCCCACCCGGGGUGGGGCCUUGGCCUCGGGGUCCAAUGAAGCCAAAUAAAGUCAUAAACUGUU